AACAGCAAUGUUAGUCCGUUGUGCUAUUGUGGGAUGAAAUGUGUUAUCAGAACUGCAAGAACAGUCAAGAACAGAGGCAAGCAAUUUUGGGGCUGCCCUAAGUUCAAGAAUGGUGGUGAAGAUGGUGGUUGCAAUUAUUUCACAUGGUGUGCAGAUCAUGGGGUUAUUGAAACGGAAACCAGUGCAAAGUGUGAAGGCAAGUCUGAGUGUUUGCUGAACAGAGAAGCAAUGGAAGGUGGAUGGAAGAUUAUAAGUGAUUUGGACUGCUCUGUGAAGAAAUUGGGAAAUAGGCUUAAUGUACUGUUAGGGAUUGUCUGUGUUCUUGUUGUGGUGAACAUUAUUGUACUUACAAUAGUGUUUUUUCGUUCACCAUCACCAUGAUUUCAU